AUGUCACUUCAGUUUAAACCACCAAGUAAUCGUAAUAGAAACCUUAAAUAUAUUGGAUUAGGAUCCCUAGUAGUGAUUGGUACUUCCUAUGUUAUUUUAAAUACAUUUCCUCAUUUAAAAACAUCAAUUUAUAAUUAUGUUAAUGGUAUAGUUGAUGAAGAUGAAGAAGAUGAUGGAUUAGUACAGAAGGAUGAAGUUAAGACUGAGACUACGACUAUUAAUGACGAUAAUAAUGAUAAUGAACCAAUUGAAUUGAAUGAUUCGAUUAAUAGUUUAAAAAGUAGUAAGAAAUUAACUCAAUCAAUUGAUCAAAGUAUAGUUGAUAUAAAUGAAUGGUCAAAUGAUAAUUUAAAAAGUUGGUUACAAGAUAAAGAAAUUAAUAUUCCAACGAAUACUAAUCAUGAUAACCUUGUAUCCCUUGUUAAAUCAAUUCAAGAGAAUUCUAAUGAAUUAUAA